AUGAUUCGACCGUUCUCGACGCUGACCAAAAUGACCCCCCGACACCUCAUCUCCAUCGGCGACCUGUCCCCCAAAGAGCUGACUAAGCUGGUCGACCGAGGUCUGGUUCUCAAGAAGUGGAUCAAGCAGGAGAACAAGACCGAGACCGAUAAGCUGUCCGAUCUGCUCAAGGGCAAGACGGUGCCUCUCAUCUUCUCGAAACGAUCGACCCGAACCCGAGUGUCCACCGAGGGAGCCGUGGCGUUUCUGGGAGGCCAGCCCAUGUUUCUGGGUAAGGACGACAUCCAGCUGGGCGUCAACGAGUCCACUUAUGACACCGCCCGAGUCGUGUCUUCCAUGACCUCGUGUAUCGUUGCCCGAGUGGGAGCCCACCAGGAGAUUCUCGAUCUGUCGGCCGCCUCCUCCGUGCCCGUCAUCAACGCCCUCUGCGAAAAGUACCACCCCCUGCAGGCCAUCACCGACAUGAUCACCAUCAAGGAGACCUUUGGAGACGCCAAGAACCUCAAGCUCGCCUGGGUUGGAGACGCAAACAACGUGCUGCACGACCUGGCAAUUGCCGCUCUCAAGUCCGGCAUUUCCGUCACCGCCGCCACCCCCAAAGAGUACCCCGUUUCCGAAGACAUUAUCCAGAUCUGCAAUGAUGCCGCCAAGGAGUCCGGAGCCACCUUCACCACCACUACCGACCCCAAGGAGGCAGUAAAGGACUCCGAUGUCAUUGUCACCGACACCUGGAUCUCCAUGGGCCAGGAGAGCGAAAAGCAGCUCAAGAUGCAACAGUUUGCUGGCUACCAGGUCACUGAGGAGCUUGGAAAGCUCGCCAAGCCCACCUGGAAGUUCAUGCAUUGCCUUCCCCGACACCCCGAGGAGGUUUCCGAUCAGGUCUUCUACUCGGACCGAUCUCUGGUUUUCCCCGAGGCUGAGAACAGAUUGUACGCUGCCAUUGCUGUUCUCGAGGCUUUUGUGGUCCACAAGGGCAAGAUUGAGUAA